AUGCUGCGCGAAAUUAGCCGGCGUGUCGACUGGGUUCUAGUCGGAGGCCGAUGGACGCGUAUGUCCAUCAUUGGCACCAGUCUCUCUGCUGACGUCCUGGAUCGAGAAAAUAAAGGCGACGUCGAUGAUCGUGUUGUGAUUCUGAUGAUACCAGGCAAUCCUGGAAAUGAGGGAUUCUAUGCCGACUUCGGUCAACGGGUUGUGAAGUGUUUGCUGUCAAGAGAGGAGCGAGUGGGUGAUCGAAAACUACACUAUUUAUUCUAUACUGUUUCACAUCUUAAUCAUGUCGUCUUGCCGAACGAACUGAAAAGUUCUGGUAAACAUAAGCCUUACGAUCGUUUCCAGCUUGAAGCUCAAGUGCAACAUAAACUUGAUUUUGUUAGAGAGCACCUUCCAAAAGCUCAGAAAAUCUAUAUACUAGGUCACAGUAUAGGAGCAUACAUGAUGCUCAGAAUACUCCCAUAUAUAAAAGAUGAUUUCAAUAUUAGAAAAGCAAUUGGAUUGUUCCCCACAGUCGAGAGAAUGGCCGAAUCUCCGAAUGGUGUGCGACUCAAACGAGUUCUUGCAACCCUGGAUGCCAACGAUUGGCUAGCAAAGUCGAUGUCCUUCUGGCUGGACUUUUUGCCGGAGUCGCUGAAGCAGUGGCUAGUUACAUGGAAUCUCACGGGGGAAAUGGUGCCGCCAGAUGUUGUUAUGUCAGCAGCAGAGCUUUUAAACAUGAAUGUUUUUCGUAAUAUUGUCCAUAUGUCGCACGAUGAAUUGAAUAGGGUGACCGACUUUGAUAGCUCGCUGAUAACUAACAAGGAAAUGGUCUAUUUUUAUUACGGUAAAGAAGAUGGAUGGUGUCCUGAGGAAUUAGGUAGCUUUUUGAAGAGUUAA